AUGGAUUGCUAUGAGGAGACUCGCGUAGUUGGAGUUGUUGGGAUAAAAGGUAUCGGGAAGACAAAACUCGCGGAGAUGUUGUUUGAGGAGAUAAAAGGUGAGUUUGAGAGACCUGUUUUCUUCAGGAACCAAAUCCGCAGAAAAAUGAAGAGUGACAAGAAGCUCGGCUUGUUAUUAAACCUCUUCUUGGAAAGUAUUUUGAAGAAGACAAAGUAUGUGACUUUGUCGAUAACGGAUAAGACUACACAUGAUGAAGACGUGAAGAAGCAGCUACUUGAAACCCAACAUCUUCUCGUCUUGGACAAUUUGAAUGUCAAGGACGAGAUAGUGCAUCUUUUAGGAGACCGCGGAUGA